ACAACACGGAGUGAUUUACGGCUGAGGGAUGAGAGGGAGACAUUAGUGGAUGGUUUUGUGGCCGAUGCUGGAACAGGUUGCUUGCAGUCUGAACGGUGAGACAGCAGCUCUGCCAGUGGGCGGGAGAGGGAGAGAGAGAGAGAGAGAGAGAGGGAGACAGUUGAGGCGAGAGGGGAGGGACAGGGUGAGUGAGAACAUAAGACAGAAAGGCAACGGACGAUCACAAAGAGAGUAGAAAAGGAGAGUAAGUGUAGCGAGGGACCAGAGGAGAAGACAGAGCAGGACAAUCUGAAGCUCAAAAUGCCUCCCAACUUCGCCGGCACCUGGAAAAUGAAGAGCAGUGAGAAUUUCGAUGAACUUCUGAAAGCUCUUGGUGUGAAUGCUAUGCUCCGGAAAGUGGCCGGUGCGGCUGCAGCCAAACCGCACGUGGAGAUCCGACAGGACGGAGAGCAGUUCUACAUCAAGACCUCCACCUCCGUGCGCACCACUGAAAUCAGCUUCCGCAUCGGAGAGGAGUUUGACGAGGAGACGGUGGACGGCAGGAAAUGCAAGAGUGUGGCCUCAUGGGAGACGGAGAAUAAAAUGUACUGCAAACAGACGCUGGUGGAUCGAGACGGACCCGUUACAUUCUGGAGUAGAGAGCUGCGCGGAGACGAACUGAUCUUGAUCUUUGGGGCCGAUGACGUGGUUUGCACGCGGAUUUACGUACGAGAAUGAGGCGGCGAUGGCGACCGUGACAAAUGAAACCAAGCAUUCCCGCACCCCAACAAACCAGAACCUUACAUCGCAUGUCAGGCAGUGAACAUGUAUCUGUGCAGUGCAUUGUGGGAUUUCAUUUCUCAAUCCAUUACUUUAAAGGGACACUCCACCCAUUUGCAUUAAGAUUUCCGUUGUUAGAAACCCAGUUAUACUGUUGAAUGGUCGUGCAACGCUCUCAUUUUCCCCUGAGACGAGAGAGAUCUGCUAUUUGCCCUUUUCACUUCCUCCCACAAUGAUGCAAAAAUCGUAAUUUUUACGUCAUUGUAGGAGGAAGUGUAAUAGGGGGAUUUCUAUAAAGACUACAAGCACUAUGGAGGAUUGGGAUUACACAUAGUGUCGGCCAUCUUUUUUUGGAAGCUAAGCUAGCAGGCUCUUGUUCUG